AUGCAACCAUUAACUCCUCCAAGAAUACAAAAACCGUCAAAAUCAUCAGCUCUUCAUACACCAAAAACUCCAUUUGGUAAAAAAUUGGAUAAAAUUAUUCAAAGUCCUCCAUCAACUUCAAAUCAAGAACAUUUAUCAAUUGGUAAUAAUCCAUUAACACCAGGUCCAACUCCAAGACAUUCUUCACGUAAGAAGAAGGAAUUAGGUGAUGCUAUAAAUUUCAAUUUAAGAGGGUCUUCAUCAUCUAAUACAAAUAAUUCUUCAUUAGGUAUACAAAGAAGUUUAUUUCCUCCAACUCCAUCAACUAUUGGAAGUGGUCGUUCAAAAGUUAAUCAUAGUUUGAUUUCACCAAUAAGGAAGAUUGAAUUAGAAGAUCAUGAACCUACAAAUACAAUGACAACUAAAAGAAAAUUAAAAUUUGAUAUUGAUUUAGAACAAGAUGAAAGUGAAGAAGAGGAAGAACAAAACGGAAGUGGAUUAACUCCUGGUGGUCAAUUAAUUACUGAAAAAUUAGUUAAAGAAUGGAAUAAUGAAAUUCCUUCAAAUGGGUUUGAUAGUGAUGAUGAAGAAUUUAUUAGUCGAAAACCUUUAAUUAAUCCAUUUUUAACUAAGAAUAAUAAUAAUAAAUCUGGUUCAGUUAUAAAUAAAAAUUUACCAAAACAAACUGAAAUUACUUUAAUUAAUAAAAAAGGUGAAAAAAUUAAAAGAACAUUAACUGAAGAUGAAUCAAAUUAUAAACCAAAAAAUUUAUUUAAUGAUUUAUUAAAAGAAAAAACUAAAAUUGAUGUAUAUAAUGAUGAUAAUGAUGAUAUUUAA